AUGGCCUCCGCGACAGCCUCCGAUGGCCAGACGUCGUCGCAGCCAACACCAAAAGGCCUGACCACGUCGGCCAGCACGCAGUUCCCCACCGUCAACAUUGGCACGCGCAACUCGGCACUGGCGCUCAUCCAGGCCAACGCGGUCAAGCAAGCGCUGAAAGAUGCCAACCCAGGCCGCACGUACGAGAUCUGCCCUGUCAUGGUGCAGGGCGACAAAGACAAGAUCACCCCGCUGCAGCAACUGAGCCAAGGCGAGAACGCAAAGAGCCUGUGGACCGGCGAGCUCGAGAGCAUGCUGGAGAAGGGAGACCUGGACAUCAUCGUCCACUGCCUGAAGGACAUGCCCACCCAUCUGCCCGACAACCUCCUCCUCGGCGCCAUCCUCGAGCGCGAGGACCCCAGCGACGCCCUCAUCAUCUCGCCGCGCCUUCCCAAGGAGACCACACUCGCCACACUGCCCCAGGGCGCCACCAUUGGCACGUCUUCGGUCCGCCGCGCUGCUCAGCUACGCAAGCUCUACCCGCACCUGAAGUUUGCCGAUCUGCGAGGCAACGUCGGGACAAGGCUAGGCAAGCUGGACGCCGAGGACUCGCAGUACUCUGCCAUCAUCCUCGCAACUGCCGGCCUGAACAGGAUAGGUUUCUCGAAUCGGAUCAGCCAGAGACUCAGCAGCAGCACCGGCGGCAUGCUGCACGCCGUCGGUCAAGGCGCCCUAGGCAUUGAGAUCAGGAGGAACGACAAUGUCAUGAAGGACAUGCUCAGCAAAAUACGAUGCGAGCGCACCACGCGGGCUUGUGGCGCCGAGCGCGCACUCCUGCGCACCCUCGAGGGAGGAUGCAGUGUGCCAAUCGGCGUCGAGACAACAUGGCGCGGCGGGAAAGGUCUGGCGGUCGGCGCUCAGCCUGCGAAGGACUACGACAAGCACGGUGCUGCUCUGGAGGUUUCAGAGCCCCAUCUCGACGACCAGGAGCUGGUGCUGAAGACAAUGGUUGUUAGUGUGGACGGCACCGAGUUCGUUGAGCACGAGGCAACACGCAAGGUCCGGUCCGCAGAGGAAGCCGAUGAGUUUGGGCAGGAAGUGGCAAGAAUCUUGAUCGAGAAGGGCGCAGGUAAGAUCCUGGAAAAGAUCAAAGUCGAGAAGCAGUGGGGUGCAAAGAAGCAAUUGGAGGCCAUGGGCGUCGCCCCAGGCACAGCAUAG